UUAUUUGAUCAGUUUGUCAAUGCUGUUACAUGUAAAUCUGUGUUUAAUACCUUCCACGAACUAUGUACCGUCCUGGGAUUACAACAUGUAGAUCAUCAUAACUUCUACAAGUGUCUAAAAUCUCGACUAACAUCAUGGAGAGCCAAGUCAAUCUGGGAUAAGUUUGAUAAACGUGCUGCUCACAGAGAUUACAGAGGUGGAGCAGCAUGUGCAGAUACAAGAGUGCUGAUUAUAGGUGCUGGACCAUGUGGUUUAAGAAUGGCCAUAGAAGCUGCCUUUUUAGGUGCAAAGACUGUGGUGGUAGAAAAGAGAGACCGUUUCUCUAGGAAUAAUGUUCUACAUCUAUGGCCAUUUCUUAUCACCGAUCUCAAGAAUUUAGGGGCCAAGAAAUUCUUUGGAAAGUUUGCUGCUGGGGCCAUAGAUCAUAUAAGUAUACGUCAGUUACAAUGUAUCUUAUUAAAAGUAGCUCUACUAUUAGGGGUAGAAGUACAUGUUAAUGUUGGUUUUUCUUGUUUAAUUGAACCUCCUGAAGACCAAACAGAUCAUAUAGGAUGGAGAUGUAAAAUAGAUCCUGAGAAUCAUCCAGUAUCAGAAUAUCAAUUCGAUGUUUUAGUUGGUGCUGAUGGUAAACGUAAUACUCUUUCUGGUUUUACUCGUAAGGAAUUCAGGGGUAAACUAGCCAUUGCUAUAACAGCUAAUUUCAUUAACAAGAAUACUACAGCUGAAGCUAGUGUUGAAGAGAUCAGUGGUGUUGCCUUUAUAUUCAAUCAAAAAUUCUUCACUGAUUUAAAGGAUAAAACUGGUAUAGACUUAGAAAAUAUUGUCUAUUAUAAAGAUGAAACACAUUACUUUGUUAUGACAGCUAAAAAACAGAGUUUGUUUGCAAAAGGGGUUUUAAAGGAGGACUAUGCAGACACAAUUCAAUUACUGUCAAGAGAAAAUGUCAACCAAGAUGCCUUGAUGGCGUAUGCUAAAGAAGCUGCUAAUGUGUCAACUAAUUAUCAAUUACCAAACUUGGAGUUUGCUGUCAAUCAUUAUGGUCAAGCUGACUUGGCUAUGUUUGAUUUUACAUCAAUGUUUGCUGCUGAGAAUUCCUCCAGAGUUGUUGAAAAGAAUGGUCACAAGUUGUUGAUGGGAAUAGUUGGUGACAGUCUUUUGGAGCCUUUUUGGCCAACUGGAUCAGGUUGUGCUAGAGGAUUUCUCGGUGCAUUUGAUACAGCUUGGAUGAUUAAGAACUGGGCAGCAGGCAAGAUGAGACCACUAGAAAUAUUAGCAGAAAGAGAGAGUAUCUUCCAAUUAUUAUCACAAACUACACCAGAAAGUCUUCAUAAACUCCACAGUCAUUAUAGUAUUGACCCUAAUACCAGGUAUCCUAACUUAAAUACAAUACGUAUAUUAAAACCUAGUCAAGUUAGACAUCUGUAUGACGGUGGAGAUGCUAAGUUAUUAGAUGAAGAAAUUCCUUCCAAGAGGAGAAAGCAAGGUAUGGUGUCUUUUAAAACUGAAAUGCACAUCCAUAGCUCCAAUGGUUUGGUUGAUCCAUAUAGUUUAUUACGAUGGUGUCAGAAGAUAUUAAACAACAAUAUAUAUCGUCAUGUUCAUAUCAUAGACUUUACUACAUCCUGGAAGAGUGGUCUAGCUCUUUGUGCCCUUAUACAUGCCUUCAAACCAGACCUUAUAAAUUUUAACCAGUUAUUAGAAUCCAAUCCAUUGCAUAAUAAUCAGUUGGCAUUAACUAUAGCUGAGAAAGAAUUAGGUAUAAAUCCUGUUAUGUCAGCAGAUGAUAUAGCUAGUAGUGAUAUACCAGAUAGAUUAAAUAUGAUGGCUUAUUUAUCACAAUAUUACAGAGUUUUUAGAACUGAACCAGUUCCUUUAGCGCCAAUUGUACAAACCCGAAGUCUUUCAAAAGAUGAUAAAAAUACUCGCUCACCUAAACAUCGUACAUCAUUCCUACAAAAACUCAAGGAUAAAACGUUUCAUAAAAUAACUCACGAAGAAAAGUUAGAGGAACAUCAACAUAUAGAACUCACUAAAUAUAAAAAACUACCCAUGGAUGAAAUAGCUAAUAAAUUAACAGUGACCAAUAAAGCUAGCACAUCCUAUACACCAUUCUCACAGAAAUCAAAAGAAGAAGCUCAAGGGGCUGUCAGUGUCAAUGCUAUGGCUGAAAUACUGGCAGCUAAAUUUCGUGGUGAUGUACCUGCUCAACCUGUUGUCAAGAGACUGAAAGGAACACCAACAUUAGCUGCUGCUCAACCAAACAGCGAAUUCUGUAAAUUCUGUGCUAAACGUGUUUAUAUUAUGGAGAGAAUGAGUGCUGAAGGAGUAUUCUUUCAUCGUGGGUGUUUAAAAUGUGAUUUCUGUGGUGUUAUUUUACGAUUAAAUAAUUAUACUGCAGAAAGAGAACCAGACGGUAAGUUU